ACCUCUUCUGUCCCUUUUAUGAGGGCGUCGUCGAAAAAAAAUGUCAACAAUUUUAGUUUUUGGGAAUGAAUGAAUAAGAGACACGAUGUUUAUGUUUGUUAAUUGUAUAUUUCAUUAAAAUGUAAAUAACCAGUGGGAGUUUACUUUAAACUAAUAACACGAUGGUGGCUCUGGGUUCUUUAGAGGCUUGUAAAAUCGGAGAUUUAGCAACAUUAAAGAAGUUAACUGAUGUAAAUCCAAACAUUACUGAUGCCAAAGGUGCCUGCUGUUUACAUUAUGCAGCCAGAGGAGGCAGCGUCCCAGUUGUUGAGUAUCUAAUCAAGGAAAAGGGAUUUUCAGCAAGCCUUAGAUCUAACACAGGGGCCACUGCAUUACAUGAUGCUGCUGCUAAAGGGAACACUGCUGUUGUUAAAUGGUUAAUAGAAAAUACAGAUCUGCAAGUAGGUGACCAAGACAGUGCUGGAGCCACUGCACUUCACCUGGCAGCCAGAUUUAAACAUAUUCUUACUGUAGAGUGGUUAUUAGAUGAGGCUCAUGCUAAUGCUGGUGCCAGAGCUGCUAAUGAUGCUCUUCCUAUUCAUUUCGCUGUUGUUGGCGGUGACAUGAACUGUGUCAAGAUUUUGAUAGAUGAGAACCCGAGGUUAAUCAACAUGCAGAUAAACAAUGGAACCACACCUGUGUACAUAGCCUGUCAGGAGGGUCACUUUGACAUCUUGAAGUUUUUGGUCAGUAAAAAUGGAGCCACCAAAAUAAAAGCAUAUGAUGCCAUGUCCUGUCUCCAUGCUGCAGCUCAGAAGGGACACUUGGACAUUGUGAAAUGGCUGAUUAAAGAGGAGAAGUGUAAUCCAAAUGAUAGAGACUUUGAUGGGGCCACGCCGCUUCAUUACGCUGCCAGCCUUGGGCAUGUGGAUAUUGUUUAUUGGUUACUAAAAGAGGGAGGAGCUAAAGUGACACUUGACAACCUUGGCGGCAGCCCUCUACACAAUGCUGCAGAGCUUGGGGAAAUCAAAACAGUGGUCGCGUUACUCAAGGCUGGCUGUGACGUUACACUUGUGGACAACGCAGGUCUGACCGCCGCGGAGCUCGCAGACAAAUGUGGCCAGACGGUAGCGGCUGCUGUUAUCAGAGGAGAGAUCACUGCUGAUCAGGCGCUGGCCGCAACCAACGGUCAAACAACUAACAAGUCUCGGUCCCCGCACCCAUCGUUUCCUCCUCCCCCGUCCUACCCACCAGACCACGCCGAGACCGGCACCAGCACAUACUCCCCAGGGUCGGUCUCGCCGCCCCUCCCACCCCCGCCCAUACCGGCGUCGCCAGCCAGCUCUACGCCCCAAACCAGCGGGUCCACAAUCUCCCCUCCCACCCCACUGUCCGAAGCCGAGGACGAGAUCACGGUACUGGAGUCCAGCAGUGUCCGGCAGUACAGCAGACCGUCUGGUGGGGAGGUCGCUGCUGCCAAGGAAAAAGUGACCAGAACUGUGUCAGUUGACUCCACUGCAUCUAAUUUUGGUGUGUUUGAAACACAGAGUGUUGUAGUUCAUGUUGUCAAGGCUGAUGUUCAUCAUACACCCAAACAUAUUUCAACCAACUCUCAGCCUGCAAUUUCCACUGGCAACCACAGCCCAGCAGAAGAAAGCAGGGUGUCUAGUCGGGUGUCCAACCAGGAGGAAUCGACCUACAGCAGGCCAGGUGUGGUAAACAUAUAUAGCAAACCAGCUAGGGUCUCUUCUAUCAAGUCCAAGCAGCAGACACAGCCUGUCGUCUCCAGCCCAGUAGCUAGAGGGUCAAGUCUUUCUCUCAGCUCAUCUUCUUUACAGAGCAACAGUUCUGUCACUACAACCACAUCAACCUCCUCCCUGAGCUCUCCAGACAGCAUCACUGCAUCCCCUGAUGAUAGUAGCGCCGGCAAGAAGCUAAAGAAGCCUUAUUACACAACUCAGUAUAGGCAAGAUUUCAAUACAGUCACCAAAACCAAAUUUGCACAGGUCAAGGCUCUCUUUCAGCAAGGUGCAACGGAGUCUGAAUACGUGUGCCCGGAUAGCGGAGAGGUCUGCAAGAGAGAGGAAAACCAUCUCUUUGCAGACAAGCAGGCACCUGGGCAUAUCAGAAAAAUGAGUGAACAGGCUCCACCACCACUGCCGUCAUCUCAGACAGGGUCAGAUCAGACCUUGACCAAUGGAGCUGCGUCAGUACAGAAUGGAGGAUCCAAAUCUGUGGUCAAUAUUCAUGGUGGUCAUGUCACCAUAAUCUCCACUGGGGGCUCAUCAGAUGAAAUUAUCAGUACUGCCUCCAGCGCAGCCAACAAAAACACUGUAAGGCCCCUGUCAGGGAGCAUAGCACUGACAUCUGGUCAUUCUGGUUCAGAUAACGUAUCAGCAUUAAUGAAAGAACUGUCCCUCAGGAAACCACCCGUUCAGGUCAACGGGGAUGCCAAGCCACUAGUCAAUGGUGAAUCUUCUUCCAAUAAUUCUGGUCAUAAUGCCAUGACCCGUCCAGCAUCUGUCCACAGUAGUGUGAAUUCAGCUAGAGAUAAUGUAGACAAGUCAAAGGUCAACUACUCUAGGAGUUCCAGCAGCUCUUCAGCUAACUCCCAGCCACACAGUCCAGUGGAUGUCUCCAAUAAACACAACUUAAUAGCCGAUAUUCAGUCGGCUGUCAGUGGGUCUUCAAACCUGUCUCUCAGGAGAGCCAAAAACAGAGGGGAAGGGGUCAACAUGGUGUACCAAUCCAGGAAGUCAACUGGUGGGAUCACAGAGGUCAAGACUGAUCACAGGCCUCUGACAGGUCAGUUUGACCCAAAGAACUUCUUAGACCAGAUAGAGAAGGUAGAUGCCUCUGGUCUAGUGAUUCCAGAAUGGCGUCGCCAGGUGUUGGCCAAGCAUGCUGCUGAAAAAGCUCAGAAAGAGUAUGAAGAAAAAAAAUUGUUUGAAGACAAUGAAGAAAGGUUUAAAAAUGUGCCAGCUUGGAAGAGAGCAAUUAUUGAAAAGAAGGAAGCUGAGGCCAGGGAGGCGGCAGCAGCUGCAUUGAAGAAAUAAACCUAACAAACAAACAAAUUAGAAUGUCACCCGAAAUGCAUUUUUUUCCCCUACACAAUAUGGCUAUGAAAACUGACUGCAAUCCUUGUGAGACCCAUUAGUUAAAGCAGAUAAGUUCCUUUAUAUCAAACAAAAGUUGCUGCAUCAGUAUUGAUGGCAACAUGUGUUGUUGCACUAGUAUUGAGUUUACUACUGGGCACUAAAAAUAUUUAAGAGUUCUUCUGCUUUGCCCCACAUGUCCUGUUACUUCCCCUGCUUACAUCAACACACAGAUACAUGUCGUUCCACAGCAUUACCAUAGAGUUUGUGUUGUAGUUUAUAUAAUGAGAGAAGUGUAUCAACAAAAACAAAAGUAAGAAGCUACCAUUCAGCCCUUUCAUUUCAGACUUCAGUGUAACACAUGAUGAUGAGCAUAAUGAUGGUACUAGUUUUACAAGUUUAGAAUAGAUAUGCUGUUAUGUUUCGAACUUUUACCACUGCUGUUUAGUUUCUUAAAUACACAUGGAAACCUGUCAAACAGUUGCCAUCAGCAAUAAUAUUACACAAGUAUAUGAUGUUUUUCAUAAUGAGUGCAAAAAGAAAUUCAAAAUUUAGUUCUUGUAGCUCAUUUUGUAUUUUCUCCAAGAAACAGAUUUAUUUUCUUUACAAUUUUUUUUUGUAAAGUUUUCAUUUACGGUGUAAUAUAUUUUUAUUUUGGCCAACCUGUAGCUCAUAAUGUUUCUCAAUUAGAAGAAAAUGAACUCCUUAUUACCAAUGUUCAGUACAAAUUGAAUUCAUUUAAAUGACCAAGUUAUAUCAGUACAUCAGCCUAAAGAUAUAUAAGUUUCUCCAACACAUUUCUUUUUAAACAUUACAUUUAUAUACUUCAGAUUUUCAAGGCUAAUUUUUGUUUAUAAAUUAAAAAUUCUUAUUACUGUUAUUAGAUUGUAUUGAAAGCAGUCUUUUUUCAGUGUAUUUAGUUCAUGUCUGUUAAUUAAUUAAUUAAAUGAUUUUUGUAUUGUAUUCUAAUGUGCAAUUGAAUCAGAGAUUGCAAAUAUUUUCAUUCUAUGUUGUAUUAGUUAUAUUUAAUUUCUUAGUAAUCUGAUUUGUUGUUUUUUAAAAUAUCUCUUUCUAGAAUUUUUUCUUUUCAAAGUGUGAUUUGAAUUGUAAAUAAUUUAACAAGUUUUGAAUUCAUUAUUUUUCUAUCUCUGUUGCCUAUAGCUAUUAAAUGCUAUAUUUAAAAUUACAAAAUCAACUUGGUAAUUACAUGUUCUUGAACACCACCAUUGCUAAUGAGGUAUGUAAGGGGCAAUAACUACUACAUUUAUUUAUCAGUUGACUUGUUUUUGUACAUCACAACUACCUUACAUCUAACUCUAGUUUGGGCACUUGCUAUUCAGUGACUGUAACCCUAAAUACUAGAUCACCCAAAACCAUUAAAUAUGUUGCUAGUUAAAUGAUUCAUUCCUUGUAUGGUUAUACAUACAUUUCAUUGUGAUAUAUACAAUUUAUCAAUGUAAAAUGAACAUACAUUCCAUGUUUACAAAUCUUAUUUAUAAAUCUAGUAUUUUUUAAAAAUUUACUUACAUUUCAAGCUAAUGAACUCACUUACAUGCAAAUAUCAUUUGUGUUUUUUUUUUUAAGAAAGACAUUUCAGCUAAGAAUCAUUGAAGUGAAGCAGCUUAAGAACAGCUCAUUUUCAGAAUGAGAUUAGAAAGUGAAACAAAUAGCAAUUAGAAAUACCAGACCAAAAAAAAACAACAAAAAUGAUUGAGGCUGAACUGAUUCUGUGUUUUUGGAUAAAAUGGAAGACUAAUUUUAUAUUAUAUUAGUUGAAAAUAUUAAAUGUUUGUAGUCAAGAGGCUUUGGGUGAAGAGGCUUUUCUUAAAACUGUAAAUGAUUCUAUCUCAUGUUAAAUUAAAUGAUUCCAUGAUUAGUUUGGUUGUGACAUUAAAUUGAAGGUUUUGAGAUUGAUUAAAACUGUGAUGACUCUUAUUCUGUGAUGUAGAAUGUUCAGUGGCUACCAACUUACAACUCUGUUUCAAUGGCAGCUGUAGUAAUGGUCUGUACUAGAGAAAACUAUGAGUGCAUUUCAGUUGAUGAGAGUCUUGUGAUGAAUAUUUUCAUGUCGAAUAAUCAGUCUUGAAUUUGACUAGGGUAUAUAACAUUGUAAUUGAAUCUGUUUCUAUGAUGUUUGAUUUGCUCACUUCAUAAAAAUACAUUCUUUGUUUUGAUUGUGUACUUUUUUUUAUUGCAUAAUUUUUUUGUGUUUUUCAACUUUUAUUUGUAGUAAGAAGUGAAGUAAUUGUUUUUUUGUUUUGUUUUUAAGAGAGAGAAAAAACUUUUUUUUUUGAUAGAGUUAAUUUUGUAUGUGCAACUUUACUUAUCCUUGUUGUUAUGCCACCUGUGAUUCCCACGGGUGUCUUCAUGCUUUUCAGUGUUCUUUGUUCUUGUGAAACAUCUAUUUCAGAAUUGAUUUCUAAAUGUGAUUUUACCCUACUUUGAAGUAUUUCAUUUACUUUCUUAUAAUUAAUGUCAGAAUUGUUUUGUAUUCAAAUGUGAAUGUCAUUCAGUCCUAUUGAACUACUUAAGUGACAUUUGAUAGCUACACAUCUACAUUUUUCCUAAAAAAAUUAACUCUAGGUUUUUCAACCUUGUAUAGAAACAUUUCUUAAAACUCUCAAGUUGUAUUGUCCAAUCUCUUACAACCAAGCUCCUGAAGGUCACAGAUAAGAGUGCACUGAGCAUACUAUGAUGCACUUGUUCUACUCAUAAGAUUCACUCUAAUCUAUUCUUCCCUAUUAGUAUUACUAACAUUAUCACCGUCUUCCACUUUCUUCUAGACCUAUUGUGGUAACUUCAAAUACCCGGUACACUGUUUUUAAAAUGUCUUGUCUAAAACCACGGUUUACUAUCCAGCCAUCUUUUUAUUUCUGUUAAUUUUUCAAUCAUUGCUCAGACACAAUAGGAGAUCCUCUGAUUGAUACAAUUCACAAUGAGUGUCACUGUUCAUUCAAUAGAGAGUACAAAUGUAGUCUGCAAGAUGAUUGUAACAAUUGAAUGGUUUGACUGUUGAAUGAGAAGUGUAUUUAGCAAGAUGGAUUGCAAUCAUUGUUCUUGUGUUCUGUGAUUAGCCGAGAAAAAAAAAUCAUUUAAUAACUUGUAUGGCAGCUUCACUACCCCAACACUGAAAGUGAUUUUCACAUAUUCCUAAUGUUCCUAUCUUUGUGGUGUAACAAAAUAAUGUAUCAAAUGUGUGUACUUAUUAGUUGACAAAUAGAUUCCUAGUUUACAGUAAGUUUAUUAUUUAGUAUUAAUACCAAUAGUAGACUCUAUUAGACAAAAUACUGGAGUCAUCACAAAAUAAUUUCUACAAUCACAUUCAUUGUUCUCAAACUUUUUUGUUUCUCUGCAAUGAAUGUUUUCUGUACCAUAUUUAUUGAAUCAUAUUAUCUCUAAUAGAAACACUAUCUUAACAUAAUCAACUAACUAGUGUUAAUACGUUUGUGUGUAUAUUCCUGGACCUAUUUGUUGCAACAAAAACCCUACAGUAUGAGCAAUUAUUUACUAACUAUCAGAUUUAUUUUUAUAUUCCUCAUCAAAUCUCAGUCCUUAGGAAUUUUACAAUCAGAAAUAAUGAGAGCGCAAAGUUUUGUAACUUUAGAUCUCCCUUUUAAUUUUGCUGGCCAAAGACUUCUUCCGGACAAAAGUUUACAGAAAAACAUUUGCAUAAUUUUUUUAAUAUUUACAUUCAGGUUUUUGAAAGUGUUUCCUAAGUUAUCCUGUGGUGAAUCUUUUUUCUAAUUUUCAGUAUAUUUGAACUAGCUAGGGACAUGGGCUAUUUAAAUGAAAGAAAAAGAAAUUUAACAUAUAAUUAUAUAUCCAUUUCCCAGUUUCAUAUAGCAAAUAUAGUGAAAGAGCCUAAGUAGGGAUUCAUGAUGUUGCUUUGUAAUAAAUAGCUUGCCAUAAUAAAUCUCCAGACUAGUAAAGUUUGAAGGUUAUUUCAUUUUUUGUGUUCACUAACAGUUAUCACUAACAUUUAAUUUCUUUUUUUGAUUGAAAUAUCAAGUUGAACUGAUUCAUGUUACAUUGUAGAACAAUAUUUUUGUUGUCUAAAUUGUUCUUGUUAAUAUAAAGACUUAUUUAUAUAUUUAGAGCUUUAUACAGAUAUCUGAUAUAAAUAAGUGUAUGAUAUAAACUGAAUGCUAAUUUGAAAACAGUUUUAUGUCUACUUUACAAAUGUGAUGUGUGAUUUGAAAAUGGAGAUUAUAAUAAAUUUAUUAUACACAUA